ACAGCAAGUUGCAAUAGUCUUGUGGCCAAAACCCCACAAAACACUCGCAGAUCCCUUAAACUUUCUCUUUCUAUCAUAAUUUCCUGUUUAUACCGCAACUUCUCCGAACAAAAUGGCUGCACGAAAAGUUUUGAUUGUUGGCGCAAGUGGUGGUGUUGGAGGCGCCCUCCUCAAGCAACUUCUCUCCACAUCUAACCCACCAUCGAUCCGAGUCUCGACUCGCAGUCUCGGCAAAGCAACUUUCCCCUCCACCGUCGAAGUCGUACAAGGUGAUCUCGAAGACCCUUCUUCCUACCCCAGACUCUUGAAAGGCAUUGACCGAGUCUUCAUGUAUGCCAAUUCCCAAGCUCCACUUCAGCAGCUCCUUUCGGCAGCAAAAGACGGCGGCGUGCAGUACAUUGUCUUGCUCUCGUCCAUGACGGUCGAAUUCGCUCCCGAGAGCAGCAUCGGCAAGAAGCAUCUUACAAUCGAAGACGCAGUUAAGGAGUCCGGAAUUGCAUAUACUUUCCUUCGGCCACGCAAUUCUGCUUCCAAUUCGCGUUUGUUCUGGGCUCCGAUAGUCGAGAAGACGGCCAAGCUGUGGAUUACAUUUCCAAAUUCUCAUACUGCUCCAGUGUCGGAGCAUGACAUUGUUAGUGAGACUGUGGUUUUUAUAUCUAUUCAAUUUCCAAGUCGAGAGACUGCUUCAAGUCGCUCUAAUCGUUACUUGCAACUGUAUCUUUGAACAGUAUUAAAAUUGAAGUCUUGAUCACAGGCUGCUGUAGCCCUCGUGGCUCUCACCACCGACAAUCUCCGUAACCAGGCCGUACCACUCUGUGGACCCGUCUCAAUGAGCCAACAGGAGCAAGUAGAAGCCAUCAAUCGUCUCCGGGAACGAGAAGGCAAGAAGCUGAUCGAGCUGAUCAUACUUUCUCCCGAGGAGUGGAAAGCAAACAUGAUGAAGUGGAGGAAAGAUGAUUUUGAUCCCGUGUUCGCUGAUCAGCUGCUUGCUUGGUGGAAGGAGAAUGAUGAGAAGCCGGAAUUGAUUCAGUCUUCGGAGCGUGUCACGGGGUUACCGUCGCAGUCGUAUGAGGAGUGGCUUGAAUUGAAUAAGGAUGCUUUCUUGAAAGA